GUAGAAUGCGCACAGCUGGUGCCUCAUGAGACUUGGUCCCAGAUGUUGACCAACUUGCAGGAGACAAAAGAGUUUGAACCACAAAAGAAGACCCAGUCUACUGUGCAGGGAGCUUUCAUGAAGGCUAAAAGCGCAGCUAUGGCAGGUGAGGGUGAAGCUGAAGAAGUGGCAACUGAAGAAGACAAGAUCAGGCAAGAAGUUCAAGCCAGGCUCACCAAGGAGCUUGAGGAGAAGGUUGCCAAGGAAGUGGAGGCAAGGGUCAAGCUUGAGAAAGAAGAGAAGGCCAAGAAGGAAAGAGAGUCAAAGGCUACAACUGCCAUGCCUUUUGACCUGGACAAGAUGAAGCAAGACAUUGAAAAGCAAAUGAGACAAGAGGCAGAACAGAAGGCCAAGGAAGCAGAAGAGCUGAGGAUGAGACAGGAGGCAGAGGAGCUGGCAAAGAAGGAAGCAGAAGAGAAGAUCAGGAAAGAGGUGAAAGAGAAGCUGCAACAACAGGCAGAGGAGGAGGCAAAGAAGGAAGCAGAAGAGAAGAUUAGGAAAGAGGUGCAAGAGAAGCUGCAACAAGAGGCAAGGGAGAAGGCAAAGAAGGAAGCAGAAGAGAAGAUCAGGCAAGAGCUGCAAGAGAAGCUGCAACAAGAGGCACAGGAGAAGGCUAAGAAGGAAGCAGAAGAGAAGAUCAGGAAAGAGGCGCAAGAGAAGCUGCAGCAAGAGGCACAGGAGAAGGCUAAGAAGGAGAAGGCUGAGAAGGAAGCAGAAGAGUUGAGGCUGCGACAAGAGGCAGAGGAGAAGGCCCAGAAAGAGAAG